AUGUCUAUUCCUUCACCGUCGCCGUCAUUGGCAGCCUCUUUCCCAACGUAUAAUUCGGAGGACUCCGGUUAUUUGGAUGAUUCCUCAACUGAUGGAUUCGCAUUUUCUCAAGAUUCUCAGGCUACAUCUCUUCUGCUUCAUGACUAUCAAAUUCCAAGUGAUGUUUCGGGUCUUGAGAAUGAUGAACUAACUCCUAUGGAGUGUUCCCCGCCAGCGUCAGUGCCUCCUUCUCCGGGUUCCCCGGCGUCUGCUACUUCAACUCCCCCUAUUCAGGAUAUUGGACAGGGGACGAAGCCGCUUACCUUGAAAUUGAGCAAGAAAGGAGACAAAGUUUGGAAAUGGGUUAAGGUAGUGUGCCCGUGUAAGCGUCGUUCUUCUACUCCGGCAUCUCCUAUGGUUCAACCUCCAAUUUCAGAUGCGGGGUCUACUUGCCUCUCCUUUCUAAAGCCUUUUAAGAAGCGUAAAUGCAGCGAUGAAGGCUCUUCAUCUUCUGGUUCUACCUGCAGGGUUUCUGCAAAUGUAGCUAUGAAUAAGUUAUCCUUAGUUAACUUUGAUGGUUUCUGUGGAGUGGAUGCUUUAGGCCUUAGCGGGGGAUUGUUCUCGGUUUGGGAGGAAAUUUCUUCAAUUUUAAUUGAAGUUCCAAAUGCAGUUAUUUUAGGGGAUUUUAACCAAGUUGAGUAUUUUAGUGAUAAAGUGGGAGGCUCUUCUGUAAUUCCUGGACGGCAUGAUUUUAUAGAAUGGAAACUUAAUUCGCAAUUGAUGGAUAUUUCUUUCUUUGGUCCUCACUUUACUUGGACUAAUGGCCAAGUCCUAAAUCCUACCUUUGAGAGGCUAGAUAAAGGGCUUGCUACUUCUUCCUGGAUGGAUCGACAUCCUGAGGCUUCUAUUUACCAUCAACCGAUACUGUUCUCGGAUCAUGUUGCUAUUAUUUUUGGGAAUCGGGAUCUUUACAGUUCGUUGAGUUCAGGUUCUUCUGAUUUGCAGAAUGAUCAAGCUCGAGGUGAUCUUUUACUGGUUCGAGAGGAUCGGUUGUCUCGGGCACAGGCUGCUUUCUUGUUCUGGAAACAAAGGUGUAAGACUCGUUUGGAUGCUUUAGGAGAAUCUCAUUCAGGUCUUCUUUUCCGUUUUGUUCAAGCUCGUCGACGUCGGAACAAGAUCAUGAGUUUAAAGAACGACAACGGUGCUUGGGUCUCAGAUCAACAAAAAAUUUCUGAACUCUUAUUCAGGCAUUUCUCUUUACUCUAUAAUUGUCAGGAUACUUCUCCUAUUCCUAGUCCUGUUAACUGGGAGGAAUUGGAAAUUCCUACUCUAUCACAUGCAGAUUAUCAGUUUCUAAUGACUCCUUUUUCUUCAUUGGAAAUUAAGGAUGUUAUGUUCCAUAUUGGUUCUGAGAUCAUUGAGGCUGUUAGGUUCUUCUUUGCUCAUGGAUACUUAUUAAAGGAGUGGAAUCGUACCCUUUUGGUUCUUCUUCCGAAGAUUGGUCAUCCAGAAUCUCCGUCCCAAUUCGGACCAAUUGGGUUGUGUAAUGUGCUUUACAAAUGUAUUGCGAAGUGUCUUACGACUCGGCUCCGUCGUGUUUUACCAUCCUUGAUUUCGGAAUAUCAAAAUGCCUUUGUUCCAGGAAGAUUAAUGGUGGAUAAUGGUCUCUUGGCUCAUGAGUUGCUUUGGUACAUGUCCACCUCCUCCUCCAAGCUGUGUUCGGCUGCCUUGAAACUUGACAUGAACAAAGCUUAUGAUAGGGUUAACUGGGAUUUCUUAUCGGAUGUUCAAUGUGUUACGACGGUCUCUUACCAAAUCCUGGUUAAUGGCUCUCCUUCUCAGGCUUUUCUUCCUAAAUGUGGUCUGCGUCAAGGAGACCCGCUAUCUCCUUACUUGUUUGUCUUAUGUAUGGAAGUUUUCUCUUUGAUGCUUCGUCAAGAUGAAAAGAAAGGCUUGUUCCAGGGUUUACGUGUGUCACGGCGGGCCCCUUCUGUUUCUCAUCUUUUCUUUGCGGAUGAUGCAUUGUUAUUUUUUAAAGUUUCUCCUUCAUCAUGUGACCAGAUUCUUUCGGUCACAAAUGAUUUCUGCUCGAUCUCGGGGCAGAUGAUUAAUAUACAAAAGUCCUUUGUUCCUGCGACUAUUUGUGAUCGGGUUGAUUCUCUUCUUACUCGGUUUUGGUGGAAAUCGAACAAAGAUUCUAGGGGUCUGGCUUUGACUUCUCUUGCACUAAUGUACCUUCUGAAGGGUUUAGGGGGUUUGGGUAUUCGUUAUCUGCUGUCCUUUAAUCUGGCCUUGCUUGCUAAGCAAUCUUGGCGUCUACGACUUAACCCCCAUCUUUUGGCAUCUCGGGUUCUCAAAGCUAAGUAUGCUAUUUUAUUGUCUUCAAGACCUUCUGUUACCUGUCCUCAUCCUUCUUGGGGCAGCUGUGGUCUACAGGAGGGAGGGUUAGCUUUAUCUUCGGGGCUAGCUUGGAAGAUUGGGUCGGGUGAUAAAGUCAGCAUUUUACAGGACAGUUGGGAUCCUAAGGUUGAGGUUGUUUUAAGGAUUGUAUUCCUGAAGAGACUCGUCCUUUGA